AUGAAAGAUGUAAUCUCUAAAAAGAAACCAACAGGAGAUGGGUCGGUAACCUUUAAUAAAAAAUGUAGUGCAAUAUCAUCAAGUAGGAGAAUCCCAAUCAAGCACAAGGAUCCUGGAUCUGUCACAGUCCCAUGUACUAUAAAAGAUAGAACUUUCAAGAAGGUAUUUAUUGACUCGAAAACUAGUGUGAGUCUGAUGCCAUUGUCAAUCUAUCAAAGGAUUGGUAUUAGAAAAGUCAAUGAUACAGGGACAAAUCUGAAAUUUGCAGAUCACUCCAUAAAGAAUGCAUAUGGGAUAGCGGAAGACGUACUGGUGACAAUAGAGGAAUUUAGCUUUCCUGUUGAUUUUGUGAUCAUGGAUAUACCUGAGGAUGAAGAGACACCCAUCAUUCUAGGUCGACCAUUCAUGCAGACAAGUCGAUGCAAUCUCGAUAUAGAACAUGGUACACUGACUUUAAAAGUUUAUGAUGAUGAAAUAACCUUAAAUGUGCUUGAAAACAAGAAGCUAGAGGUAGAAAAAGAACAUCACUAUCAAGUAGGCAUGAUCAAGACAAAUGUGAAAGGCCAAAGUAACAUGCCAACAUCAGAAAAAGUCUCAAGAAGGCUAUCUCAAUUAGUAUCACCUCAAUUAGUCAUUCCAAAAGCCAUGAGAACGAAGAGAAAGCAAUAUCAAGGUAAGGAUAUGGAAGUUGGAAGUGACUUGUGGCACAAAGUAGCCCAUAUCACUGAAAAAGACGGUUUCUCGAUUUUGGAAAAGACAAGCAACAAGGUGUGGAAGCUGAAGUACCCCCCAUAA